CUCCUCUCUCGCUCCCCCCUGAAGCAAGGAAGCACUUUCCGUUCCAAAUAAAUAAAAGUCGCUUCUUGCAGUCGCUACAAUAUGGUUCUCCAAAACGAUAUUGAUCUGUUGAAUCCUCCUGCUGAGCUUGAGAAGAAGAAGCAUAAACUCAAGCGCCUUGUUCAAUCUCCUAAUUCUUUUUUCAUGGAUGUCAAAUGUCAGGGAUGUUUCAACAUAACCACCGUUUUUAGUCACUCGCAAACUGUUGUGGUGUGCGGUAACUGCCAGACGGUUCUAUGCCAGCCUACUGGUGGUAGGGCUAGACUCACUGAGGGUUGUUCUUUUAGGAGAAAGUCGGAGUGAUGGCACUGCACUUAUCCGGAAUUUGGCUGUUAAGAUGAAAGACCCUUUUUGUGUUUAUUCUUGAAUGAGGAAUGAACAAAUUCAUCUGUUUUCAUAUCUUAAUUUUGGUAGUGGUUUAAAGUAUUUUGACUAUACAUGUUUAUGCUUCAAAGUUAGAAUUGCAUAAUGUACCGGAUGUGGUUUCGUUUUUGUUUUUGUUUU